AUGACUGGUCUUGCAACGUUUCUGUUCGUCAUCCUGAAGACCACCCACUCCGACAUCCAGACUACCCACUCCGACAUCCAGACCACCCACUCCGACAUCCAGACUACCCACUCCGACAUCCAGACUACCCACUCCGACAUCCAGACCACCCACUCCGACAUCCAGACCACCCACUCUGACAUCCAGACUACCCACUCCGACAUCCAGACCACCCACUCCGACAUCCAGACUACCCACUCCGACAUCCACACCACCCACUCCGACAUCCACACCACCCACUCCGACAUCCACACCACCCACUCCGACAUCCAGACCACCCACUCCGACAUCCAGACUACCCACUCCGACAUCCAGACCACCCACUCCGACAUCCAGACCACCCACUCCGACAUCCAGACCACCCACUCCGACAUCCAGACUACUCACUCCGACAUCCAGACUACCCACUCCGACAUCCACACCACCCACUCUGACAUCCAGACUACCCACUCCGACAUCCAGACCACCCACUCCGACAUCCAGACUACCCACUCCGACAUCCACACCACCCACUCCGACAUCCACACCACCCACUCCGACAUCCACACCACCCACUCCGACAUCCAGACUACCCACUCCGACAUCUAG